AUGUCUUAUGAUUACAACCCAGAUUUGCAAGACCCUUACAUGAGCUCCAACCAAUAUUCCAACCUUGACGCUGGUACCGCCCCUCCUUCACGUUGUCUGCCCCCAUCGCUUUGUUAUCCAGCCAGCCAGCGCUCUUACAAUUCCGGCCGUAACUUGAAUGAACACUUUGAACAACCCUUGGCUCCCUACCGACCAUCCUCCCAUGCUUUUGAAUCUCCCAGUUACACUACUGCACCCCACUCACGAUCCGUGGCCGCCCCCAGCAAUACAUUUGAUUCAUUCAGGUGGUCCCCAGCACCCUGCCGACUGUUCUCACAGUCUUUGACUGUUCCCAACAACACAUCUGAAUCAAUCAUACGGCGGUCAUACACCCAAAAUUGGGUCCGCGCUUCACUAGCACCACCCACUGAACGCUCUGAUCAAUUUUCUCCUGUCUCACAGUUUUCAACAGGCCCCAGCAACAUGUCCGACUCAUACUCCCAAAAUCAGCUCCGCAUCUCACCAGCACCCACCAAAUUGCCCAAUGCUUUCAGAUCCGACUCCGUCAUACAUCUGUCAUACUCCCAAAAUCAGCUCUGCGUCUCCCCAGCACCCUCCGAAUUGCCCAGUCAUUUCAGAUCCGACUCCGUCAUACAUCCGUCAUACUCCCAAAAUCAGCUCUGCGUCUCCCCAGCACCCUCCGAAUUGCCCAGUCAUUUCAGAUGCACUCCCGCCCCCUCCCAAGCAUUCACGCGCUCUUCAACCUCAUUCACAGAUGAGACUGAUUCCAUCCGUGUAAUUUUGGCACCAGAACGACAGAUCUCACCUGUCUUGUCGCCGCUUCCUGACGCAACCAAGGCAAUCAGGCUCACUUGUUCAUCCAACCUGCGGGGCCCGGCGUUGCGCAAUUCAUCGCCCACUCCACAAUUUCAUUGUGCGAUAUCCUUCGAGAUCUACUGCCCGGAUAAGAAAACCAAGAAGAAAGACCCCGUGUGGGUUUGUUUCAGACAGCCAAAGACAGGCUGCUCGGUGACCUUCAACCCCGCCAAGAUAUCUUGGACAACCUUCAAAUCAAUCAUUAAAGAAGAGGCCUCGCUCAAAUAUAAACACAUGGGCCAGAAGAUUGACGAAGGCACUGAAUCUGACCCACUGACAAUCACUUGGAGUGCCUACAUCCUCCGCAACAAAGAUUGGCCAAAAUCAUCCCCAAUCAACAUCCAUGAAGACAGAACUUUCAAAUCCUGGAUGAAAGAGAUUGUGGAAUCUAGGCGCAAGAAAGGUGGCAUCCAACUCCGGAAGCUCAACCCACAAGACGAACUGAAACAAGCGCGCAAAGAAGACCUAUUGGCUAAGAAUGUCUUGAAGGGGCAAUCUCGGCUAGCAAGUUCCUCCCAAUCUCAAAGGCGUGGACGCGGUCCUGACUCAAACGACAAAGAAGAAAAUUCGUCAUGCGACGAAUACAAAGACCUCGAACUUUACAUUGAUCAGAUCUACGAGAAGUAUGCAAUCAAUGCACACUACAAUCCGUUGCUCCCCUCGUAUCCCAACCAAGUAGACCCGGCAAAAUACAUACUGCUUACUAAUGCAAACGUUGAUGUUUGGGCUAAAGCAAUGACUAAGCGUACACCUGGUGUGACUCUGGAUUCCCCACCAUCUUCAAUCAAGUAUGAAUCACGCACUUUGGCCUCACCCCACAAACAAAAUGCUGGUCUGGCUUUGUCAUUUGAACCGUUGCAAUUGCACAAGCGCAAAUGA